UCCGAUUGCCGAAGCAACCGCCGAUUUUCUCGUCUCUUUGUUCCCAAUUACCGCACCGACGGCUUGAUAUUUCCUCCGGUGGAUUGAUAUUAUCCCGACAUAUUCAUCGGUUUUUCACCGGGAAAUCUCCUCCGCAGAUUCUUCAAACAUUUUUGCUUGAUGGGAUGGAGGAUGUUCUUCUAUACUUUUCUUAUUCUAUUCAAAAUUGUGGAAUCCUCUAGUAGAUCAAGAAAGAUGUGGUUGCUGAAUCUAAGCACCGAAGCAGCACCUAACUUCAGCUGGACAAUUCUCAGUGCUGGCGUAUUUGUUCUUGUUGCACUUGUUCUGUCCACGUUUCUCAUCAUUGAGCAUUUAGCUUCUUAUAAUCAACCAGAGGAACAGAAGUUUCUGAUUGGUCUUAUAUUGAUGGUUCCUGUUUACUCUCUAGAAUCGUUCCUGUCAUUGUUAAAUUCAAAUGCUGCAUUCAACUGUGAAGUGAUACGGGACUGCUAUGAGGCUUUUGCAUUAUAUUGCUUUGGAAGAUACCUGAUUGCUUGCUUGGGUGGUGAGAAACGUACACUUGAAUUCAUGGAAAGUCAGACUGUUGUUGACUCUAGCACACCUCUUUUGACGGAAAAAUAUGCAUAUGGGGUUGUAGAACAUCCUUUUCCCUUAAAUUUGUUCAUAAGGGAUUGGUAUCUUGGUUCUGACUUCUAUCAUGCGGUGAAAAUUGGUAUCGUUCAAUAUAUGAUAUUGAAGAUGAUAUGUGCUCUCCUAGCAAUGAUUCUUGAAAGUUUCGGGAUUUAUGGAGAAGGAAAGUUUGAAUGGAGAUAUGGAUAUCCCUACUUGGCAAUUGUACUUAAUUUUAGUCAAUCGUGGGCCCUAUAUUGCCUUCUCCAAUUCUAUUCUGUCACGAAGGACAAAUUGGAACCAAUUAAACCAUUGGCAAAGUUUCUUGUUUUCAAGUCAAUUGUUUUCCUCACUUGGUGGCAAGGAAUUGCCGUUGCCUUUCUUUUCUCCAUAGGAGCUUUUAAAGGGUCCUUGGCUCUGGAGUUGAAGACACGCAUACAAGAUUACCUAAUAUGUAUUGAGAUGGGUAUUGCUGCCGUUGCACACGUUUACACCUUUCCAGCCGUACCUUAUAAACGUGGAGAAAGAUGUGUUCGUAAUGUUGCUGUGCUGUCUGACUAUGCAUCCUUAGGAACCCCACCGGAUCCAGAUGAGGUUAGAGACUCUGAACGGACAACUAAAAUACGCUUGAGUCGCCAUGACGAGAGAGAGAAGCGUUUGAAUUUUCCCCAGAGUGUUCGGGAUGUUGUCAUUGGAAGUGGUGAAAUUAUUGCUGAUGACAUGAGAUAUACAGUCACACAUGUUGUUGAACCAGUUGAAAGAGGGAUUGCAAAACUUAACAAAACAAUCCAUCGGUUCUCUGAAAAUGUUAAACGGCAUGAAGAGCAGCGGAAGAGCGCCAAGGAUGACAGUCAUCUGAUUCCUUUGAAUUCCUGGUCAAGAGAAUUUUCUGAACCUGAAGAAAAUCUUACUCAAGGCAGUGUAAGCGACAGUGGAAUAUCCAAUUGUAAGAGACAACAUUCCCAAUCAAAAUCCUCCACUUCUCGAAAUAGAAUCGGCAGAUAACAUGGUGUCUUUGUAUAAUGUAAAUGACGAAACUCAUAUGUUGGCAUGAUUUUUAACCAUGCUGAUAUUCUUAGCUUAGAAUAGACAUGUCAAUGGCGGGGACAUUAACUGGCAAAAAGUACCAGUCUUGGUCCCUUGUAGAGCUAACCCGUUACCUUAAACCCAUCCAAUUAGCCACAGAUACAGGAGAAAACACGAAAGGAAUAAACGAUGGUUUUGGAUUCUAUCAUCUGUAGGGAAAACCUGGUGACUUUGAGCUAUAAGUCUAAGUAAACUCUUCUCUUUCCACUGAACAAUUGUAGGGGGGGAUGUAAAUACCGCUGAUUUCCCCUCCAUGCAAGUCUUCGUUAACUAUAUUGUUUAUACACUAAUCAAGAACAGUGAACUUACCAUAAUUUUUGCUGUUGUUUC